CCACUCCGCUCCGCACAGCCGGAGCCGCCGGAGCAGCAGGAGCAGCCUUCCUCCCCUCCUCCUCCUGCCUUUUCUCCUCCCCCGCUGCUGUGUCAAAAGAUUAACAGACCCCCACACUGCAGGCAGGCGACAGCAUUCGCAGAUCCGGAUCCAGAUCGAGCCUCUGCAGGAAACCCCCCCUCUCCCCCCCAAACCCGGAGCGUAUAGAACCGAGCCGAACCGGGAAGAAAGACAUCUGCGCUGAAAACGAGGGGGAAAUCUUUUAACUAUGAGACGAGUUUUUGUUUUUAAUUCCUCAGCACCUUCAUCACGGGGCUUCUCGGUGGAGCUUCUCCCGGAGCGUGAGCGGCCAAACACCCGGACAGUGACACUUUUAUCGGCUCAUCAUCGACACUAAAGGAGGGAGGGGGGAUCCACUUAUUGGCCACCCGACUGCGCUUCUAAAUCACGCCAGGACGAUUGAGCCCAAGUGCAAUACGAAUGGUUUGGGCAUGGUGCCCACGCCCCAGGUGUGCGUAUCAACCCUGGUCACGGUGAGCACGAUGGCGGUGGUGGACCUCUACCUGCUGGAGCAGAGCAUGCUGGGAGCUCGCGGCAUGUCUGGACCCAGCGUGUGGCAGUAUGUGGCGGUGCUGCUGGGCGAUGCCUGCUUCCUGCUCGCCCUGCGCUUCGUCUCGGCCGGCGUGGUUUCCGAGGCGCAGUCGUCGCGCCGCGGUUUCGCCAACGCCCUGUGGUUCCUCUUCCUGUCGCUGCUGCAGCUGAAGCUCUUCUUCGUCUGCCACAACUACAGGCAGGAGCGGCGGCCGCCCGACCCGCUGGCCAGGAAGACGCUGACGCUGCUGCUGUCCAUCUGCCUGCCCUCCCUGUUCCUCAUCCUCACCGGCGCCGAUCACAUGACUCCUCAGCGCAGGAAGCAGGAAGUGCGGAGCCGGCUCCUGUGGGUCGUCGUCGACCUCCUGGACGUUCUGGACCUGCAGGCGGGGCUUUGGGAGGCCCAGGGCGGGUCCGGAGGCGUCGUUGAGCAGAGGCUGCCGAUCUGGGCGGAAGGCCUGGUCUUCUUCUACUGCUACGCGCUUUUGCUGCUGCUACCAUGCGUGGCGCUGACGGAGCUGGGCGCCACCGGGCUGCCGGGGCAGAGGGGCCCCCGCCGGGAGGCUCUGUACCCCUGGCUCAGCCUGGUUACCAUCAACAUCUUCACCCUGGCUCUUCGGGGAACCGGCAUGCUGUGGUACAGAGACUCCCGCGUGUCGACUGUGUUUCUAGGGAAAAACUUACUGGCGCUGGCCGUGAAGCUGAGCUCAGCCUGGGAGAGACACAAGCAGGAGCGCGGCACCUCAGGAGCAGGAACCGCGGCUGGAUCGGAACCAGAAGCCUCCACCGCGCCGCCGAGCCAGAACUCAGAGCAGGACGAGGGCCAGGCUCAGGGGAAAGCUCCGCCUGCUCAUUUCCACACACUAACGCGCUCACAAAGCCACACUCUGUCCCACGUCAGCCUGGAGCCGACGGCAACCCCUCUGGGGCCGUCUUUUAUCUCCCAUGAACUGUAGAGAAUCACACCCAACAUGCAUGCAUGCAAAUACUGUAUGUACGCACACAGAGACGUUACAGACCCCGCAGCAGACCGGAGCCGGCGUCGCCUCCCAGCAGAUAACGUGAAGCUGUGGAAAUGCAUUUGGCACGCUCGUCUGUUCGUGCGUUACAUCGCGCUGGGAGCAACUUGAAAUGCAUUGUUGUGAUUUGUGGGAGUGCAUUUUUAGAGUCAACACUGUGAGCAGCACUGCCAGACUGUAAAGCGUAUUGUAGAGAUGUUGAAGCCUAGUGAAUACUCUCUGUUGUAUAAUGGAGGCUUAACUGCCUUACCUCUCUCAGUUUGUUGUCCUCUCUCCUCUUGACAAAUAUAUUUUUAAACUUAUUUCUACUUCUUGUUAAAUAUACGUAAGUAAUGAAGUUGAAUUUUUACGGUUCUUUGGAGAAACUGGAUCAUUAGAUGCCAAACUGUGCUGUGACCUUUCAGAACACAUUUUCUGUCAUUUCACAUUAGAAAGAUUUAAUACAGAGACGAGGUGAUGCUUCAUUUUUCUUUUCCUUCGGUACCAAAGAGGCGAGAUUGAACAUCUAAAUGAGGAAAACUCCCACUGUACCCUUCUGCACUGUGGUUUAUUGUUUUAAUGUCAAGUUUAACCCAGGUGAUUUUUCCCUUGUGAGGUAAUUUACAACUCAUUUUAUGUGAAUAGAAAUUAGAAAGAUUAGUCAGAACAAUGGUAAUAUAAUGUACAAUAGGGAAAUUAAGUUUAGAACAUGUUGGUAAAAGUAUUUCUAAUGGGCCUUUGAAAUUCACACAAUUAAUGUAAAAUGCACAGAGUCUAGAAAGAAAUCAAAACUAUCAAGUCCAUAGUUAAGUAAAUAAUAAUAAGUAAAUAAGAAUAAAACACAUCAUGCAAUAAGACAAAGAAAGCCAAGAAACGGCUGACAUAAAUCCUGAUUUCUUCCCAUCAGUGCAAAUUUAUAUCAGCUAGUUCAGCUUUAAUUGAUGGCCUAUAAAAAGGUUUUUCAUUACAGAGUAAAGAGAUCCCUUAAGACCUUAUUGUUGCAAAAAUAAGACAUACUUCCAACCUUAUGAAUGUGCCAGUUAGCACUAAUCCAGAUUAUUCCGUAAUCUGGAAGUGGAAGCAGCAAAUUUUCAUCAUGAUCAAGUAUUAGUACAAUAUUUCUGACACAAAAGUCAGAAGAAUAAUCAAAAGACGAAUUAAACCGAACAAAGUUUCCAUUUAAACGAUAAAUUCACUCGACUACAAUGGGGUUUGUAUACACUCACAGCACAAGACUCCACUGCUGAAGAAAAAACCUAAUUCGGUCAGAACUAUUUGAAUGUGAGGAAGAAUAUCAGUCUUCAUCAUCCCAAAAACACAAUACAAAUGAAAGGUUGGAGGUGGAAGCAUUAUGAUGUGUGGCUACUUUUCAGCAUUUUUAACUGGUAGAUUUCAUAUAAAUCUAAGAAGAACGGAUGGAGAAAUGUGCCAGGGCCUAAUAAGAAACAGAAGCUGAAACUAAAACAAUUAUUCCAUUCAAGGAAUCAUCAUAACUGGUAAUUAAAACUAAAACUGCUGGAAUAGUUCGCUUAAAAAGCUACAGAAAGGUCUGAACAUCACAGUUCACGUUAAAAGUCG